GUACAAAGUUUAGUGGCAUUGAUAGAGCUGACUAGGGAUUUGCUAAUCUUAACCUUUGCUCCCUGGUGUGGCACCUUAUCAUAACAUGCGUUUUCUCUGCAUGGAGCGACUGCUUAUCUAUUAAAACUCCGGGCAACGCAGAGAGCAAACAGCAUUUGGAGCGGCGCGUACCCGGACCGAGCAGGGCGCACGUUUCCCGCGUCGCUAUGGGCCAUCUGGCGUCAAAACAACCAGAAGUUCAAGUUCUUCUUCUUGGUCUGGACAAUGCUGGGAAAUCCACCCUCCUUUACAAAAUGAAACACGACGCGAGCGUCUCCACCGUGCCGACGAUUGGCUUCAACGUGGAAAUGUUCGAGGCCAGGAAGAACCGGAAGAGCAUCUCUGUGACCAUGUGGGACGUCGGGGGUCAGGCGAGGAUGCGCGAGCACUGGCAGGAUUUUUACCUGAACGCCGCGGCCGUCGUGUACGUGGUGGACAGCGCCGACAGGAGCCGCCUGGAGGAGGCGCGCGCGGAGCUGGAGCUCAUCCUGGGGAGCGAGCUGCUGCGCCACCGCCCGCUGAUCCUGCUGGCGAACAAGCAGGAUGUGAGCGGCGCUCUGACCGUCACGGAACUGAAGGACAGGAUCGACCUGAGGAGGAUGUGCUCCGAUCGGGACUGGUUCGUUCAGCCGUGCUCCGCUUCCACUGGGUUUGGAGUUCGGGACGCGUUCAGGAGGGUGGUGCAGAUGGUCAGACUCCCGUCAGAGGCUGGAGUGGUCAAAGAGAACAUUAAAGAAAAAGUGCAAUUCAUCCGGUCAACCAGCAGGCCAUAAGGACUUAUUUGUGCCAAAAUUGUGUAAAUAAAAAUUGGUCCAAACAAGAA